AUGCCUUCCCGCAAACCGAAAUUCGAGAUAUCGGCCUCCCCCACACCGUACGACUCGGACCUGGAAGCCAACUACCCAAACUCGCUUGGCACCUCAUCCCCUUCCACUUCCACCUCCAGGGGUCGACCCACUGUGACGACUGCGACGAUUCACGAGCAUGUCGUCUACGAGGCGACGAACCAGCACGACGAAACAAGUGGGCAGAGGGAGAACGAGUCGAGUGUCAUUCUAGCAACGACCGCGAAUCGGAAUCCUUCGAAACCGAGUCAUCGGAUCAGUUAUGGCACUUUGGUGGAUGGGUCUCCGACACCGACCCCGCCACAGAAUGGGAAUGGGAAUGGCAGUCAAUAUUCCUCGAGCGGGGUCAAGAUCAAGCGGCAGGAGAGUAUACUGAGGGUCAGUUCGAGCGACGGGCAUCAAACUUGGCGUGUUGGAGACUGAUCAAAUCUCGUGGACAUCGUUCAGUUGACGGGCAUGAUCGAUGAUCGAGCGGGCGAAUACGACAAAUUCAGGUGAGAGCCCCUCCGCCCCACACCCGGAGCUUACACCCCCCACACCAGUCACUCACCUCCACCCACCUCUCACUACUACCCAGGGUCCCCCAAGCGCAACUCCAAAAGAUGUCUCGCAAACUUCGCCACUUUUACAGCGCCCAAAACGACCUCCUGGACGGCUUUGCUGAAGUCGACGAGAUCCUCGACAACGUCGAAGCCGAGGCCGCAACAGGUCAACUCGCCCCUAUCGUCCCGAAAAGACCCUCACAAGAAAGGGAAGACGAAUUUGCGAACAAGGUCAAGUUGAUGAUCAAUGUCAACGUUGCGAUAGUCCGUUUGCUCUCUUCCGUUUGACUCGGUCGGCGAAGGAUGCUAACAGCUACACUGGACCAUCGCGAACGCACAGAACAUCGUCCUCCUGGCAAGCAAGAUUGCCGUCGUCCUCCUAUCCAACUCCAUGUCCCUCGUCGCAUCAACAGUCGAUUCAGCGAUGGACUUGCUCUCGACCAUGAUCAUCUUUGGCACAAGUCGAGUGAUUGAACAUCGCACGUGGAAGUCGCAGUAUGAAUGGCCUACGGGCAAGAGGAGGUUGGAGCCUGUGGGAGUGGUUGCGUUUUCGGUCUUUAUGAUUGCUGCGUUUAUUCAGGUGGGUGCUCGUAACUCUUGGAAAAGGUUCUCCUUCUGGGACUGAACCCCCCCUCCCCACUGGUCCCUGUCCUCUUCUCCCCAGGUCUUUAUCGAAUCGAUCCAACGUGUAUUUGAAAAAUCGUCCACCACCCCCGUCACCAUCCCCUUAAUUGGUGGCAUCGUCAUGGCUCUGACCAUCGCCGUGAAACUCGUCGUCUGGGUCUGGUGUCGAACCGUGAAGAACACCUCGGUCGAAGCUCUGGCCCAAGAUGCGGAAAACGACAUCGUCUUCAACUUCUUCUCCCUCUUGUUCCCCUUCAUGGGUCAAUGGUUGGGAUGGCAUAAAUUGGAUCCUAUCGGGGGUAUGGUCUUGUCGUUGUACAUCAUCGUAGAAUGGACCGAAACACUUUUGGACAACACGGCCAAGUUGUCCGGUCGUCGAGGCAGUCCCGACGAUCAUAAACGAGUCGCGUAUCUCCUUUCCCGCUUCUCUCCCCUCAUCACCGGCAUCCAACAUCUAUCCCUCUAUCAUGCGGGCGAACAUCUCGUCGUCGAAGCGGAUGUGAUCUUACCUCAUACGACCGCCUUGACCGUCGCUCAUAACUUGGGCGAGAGUGCGCAGUUCGCGAUCGAACAAUUGGAAGGGGUCGAUCGAGCGUUCGUGCAUGUCGAUGUGACGAUGAAUAAUUUGAGUGGGCACUUGGAGAGGUAG